UAUAUGUAUGUUGUUGCUUUCUCUCUCUCUGUCUGUUUUCUUCUUUUCUGUCUUUCGGUUGUGUGAAUGUGAAACCAGAGAGCCCAUUAAAGCCAUGGACUGGAUAAAAUGGCCACAGAAAAACAAGAAGAAAAUUAUAAUUGGUCUCUUGGCUGUGGUGAUUGUGACUUUAAUCCUUGGUCUCGGACUGGGUCUUGGGCUGGAUUUGCAGAGAUGUAAAAAUAAAGUUCCGCCCCAAACAUCCUGCAAGGACAGAUGCUACCAACCUUUUGAUGAUGAAGUUCCUGGCUGCAGAUGUGAUACCAACUGUAAUGCCACAAACAAUUGUUGCCAUGAUUACCAUGACAUCUGCAUGGCUCCAACUCAGCAGUGGGAAUGUUCGAGGAUACGCUGUGGGGAAAAGAGGCUAAUGGAGAGCAAAUGUCACUGUGCCGAUGACUGUCUGUCUGCAGGAGACUGCUGCUCCAACUACAAACACAUCUGCCAUGGGGAGACAGAGUGGGUGGAGGAUCAAUGUGAGGACUUGUCAACUCCCAAAUGUCCAGCAGGCUUCAAGCAACAGCCGCUGCUGCUGGUGUCUCUGGAUGGACUGAGGGCUGAGUACCUGCAGACAUGGAGUGAUCUCAUCCCUGUUCUGGACAAACUCAGAAACUGUGGGACAUCGGCUCCCUUCAUGCAGGCAGCAUUUCCAAGCAAGACCUUUCCUAAUCACUACACGAUUGUUACGGGUCUGUAUCCGGAGUCCAACGGUUUGAUUGACAACAAUAUGUAUGAUCCAGUGUUUGACGCCUCUUUCAGCCUGUCCAAUUCUGAGAAAAACAACUCAGCCUGGUACCUUGGACAACCUAUUUGGCACACAGCUAUGAAUCAGGGCCUGAAAUCUGCAACUUUUUUCUGGCCUGGAUCAGAUGUCAAAAUCAAUGGAAGUUAUCCUGACAUCUACCAACCUUACGAUGGUAAAGUGCCGUUUGAAGAAAGAGUAUUUACUGUUUUGAAGUGGCUGCAGCUGCCAGAUGAUGAAAGGCCUGAUUUCUACACACUGUAUCUGGAGGAGCCUGACAAAUCCGGGCACAGCUUUGGUCCUGUCAGCGGAGGGAUAAUUUCAGCAAUCCAGGGAGUGGAUAAAAUAAUGGGUCAGCUCAUGAACGGCCUCAAGCAAAUUGACCUACAUCGCUGUCUCAACAUCAUUGUUGUUGCCGAUCAUGGUAUGGAGGAAACCAGCUGUGACAGGAAGGAGGUGAUGCAGGAACUGGUGGGGGAUAUUAGUAAUUAUUUUGUCAACGAGGGGCCAGUUGGACGCAUCAGAGCCAGGAAUAAAGACUUUGUUUUGGACUCUGCAGGACUUGUUGCUAAUAUGAGUUGCAAGAAGCCAGACCAGAAGAUCACCCCUUACCUGAAAUCCAACCUACCAAAGCGUCUCCACUUUGCCAACAGUCGCCGUAUCGAAGAUGUCACUGUCCUGGUUGAACCAAAAUGGCUGUUUGAGAGUUAUCCAGGAUCACUUACAUUCUGCUCAGGUGGGAAUCAUGGCUAUGACAACGACGCUGAGAGCAUGCAUGCAAUGUUUCUCAGUUAUGGACCCAAAUUUCAGCAAAAACUCACAAUUGAACCCUUCGCUAACAUUGAGCUGUACAAUUUAAUGUGUGAUGUGCUGGAGAUCACUCCAUCUGACAACAACGGGACCCAUGGCAGCAUGAAUCAUGUUCUUAGCAAGAUCUUUUACACCCCAACACACCCUGCAGAGCAGACUAGGCCGACUCAGUGCCCACUUAUCAGCCUAACCCCUGAAGAUGAGCUGGAAUGUACUUGUAGGACCCUGGUGGCUGUAGAGGAAAUUAACAGCCGUUUGAAUAUGAGCAUGGAGGAGAAAUCUGCUGCAGAGGGGAAGCACAUGCUGUUUGGACGUCCCCAAAUGCUGCAGCCUGACCAAACAUACUGCAUCCUCCACCAAGAAGGAUUCAUCAGCGGCUACAGCAAUGAAGUGCUCAUGCCUCUCUGGAGUUCAUUCACCAUAGACAAACCUACCAACUUGGAGCCUUUGCCACCAGUAAUACCUGACUGUUUGAGGGCUGAUGUAAGAUUGCCAAAACUUCAGAGUCCCAGUUGUGAUCAGUAUGAUGCUGCUAAAAACAUAACCAACGCCUUCCUGUAUGCACCAAAUCUCAAUGCAAGCGCCGACCAGCAGUACGAUGCCUUAAUAAUGAGUAAUGUUGUCCCAGUGUACCCUGCAUUUAAGAGAAUUUGGGAUUACCUCCACAACACUUUGCUAAAGAAAUAUGCUGCUAUAUACAAUGGCAUUAAUGUGGUAACUGGACCAGUCUUUGAUUACAACUAUGAUGGCCGAUAUGACACUCCAGAGCAGAUACAGUUGUUUCUACAUGGAACCAACAUACCCAUCCCAACGCAUUACUUUGUGGUGUUAACAAGUUGCAAGGAUGUAGGACAGCCAGUCAGCACAUGUGGCGGUGAACUGCAGACUGUGUCUUUCCUCCUUCCCCACAGAGCUGACAACAUGGAAAAAUGCAAAGAGUUUUUAACCCUCUUAACAGAGCUGUUCAUCCUCCUCUCUGUGCGCGCCUGGCUGGCGAACAGCGUCGCCGCCCCGCUCACCUACGCAGACACGGACCCGAUCACCGGCAGGCCGGUGCAGUGUGACAGCUGUCCCCCGGGGACCUAUCUGAGCGCUGGCUGCUCCUCCAUUAGGAAGAGCGACUGUGCUGUGUGUCCAGACGGCUCCUUCACGGAGCUCUGGAACUACAUCGGGAGGUGUUUGCGCUGCGGAGUCUGCGGACGGAACCAGGUGGUGAAGAAGAAAUGUACCGCCGACAGCAACUGCCAGUGCGAGUGUAAACAAGGUUACUUCUACCAUCAGGACUACGACAUGUGCAUGAGACACAGCGAGUGUCCGUCUGGCUGCGGAGUGCUUACCAAAGGUACAGCUGAGAAGGACACCGUGUGUCACAUUUGCCCUGAAGGCACCUUCUCUGACAUUUCCUCUGCCAAUCAAAACUGCACACAGCACAAGAGUUGCAGCGAUGCAGGACUGCAGUGGGUGCUGAAGGGCUCCACCUGGCAUGACAGUGUGUGUGCAAAUUGUGAACAGCUCAAAGAUGGAGCUGAGUCCCUUAAAGAAAUCAUCCCAUCUUUCUUCAUUUUCCACAAGAUGAACAUCAAACGGCUGCGUCGUAUUGUACACAGACUCUCAUCUCAGGAGGAUAAAAAGCCAAGAGAAGCUUUGGAGCUCAACUUCUCCGAACUACAUGCACACAUCAGCAAUUGGGUGUCGUCUGCCACAGCGGCACAAAUUCAGCAGCUUCCCGACAUAGUGAUCAAAGUAGGAGCAACUAGUGUUGGUGAGAAACUACAGAGCAAGCUCAACCAAAUUCAGUCACAUGUGGCAGAGCACUGCAAUACUGACAUCAUGAGCAAUGAUAUUACAGGUUAAACUCUGAAAGUAUAAAAACUUGUGUUUAGUGUAUCAGCAUUUGUAAUCUAUUUGCGUAUAUAUGCAUAUAAUUCUUGGGGAAAAGCCAGAAAAUAACCUAAAAAAGAGCAAUCUGAAGAGGAGUUUAAAUAAAGUUUAGAAUAGAUUGACA